AUAUAAUAUUAAUCAAGACACAUCUUCCUGUCCAGUGAUAAAUAUACUUCUGUGGGAAUAUCAGCUAGAAACUAACGACCUAAAGUCAACUUUACUUUCAUAGUUACUUACUUAACUAGUUACCAGCUAGUUAGCAGUUAGCUUGAACCAGUAGCCGUAUAGUAGUGAGCAAUUAGCUAGCUGCUAGUUAGCAGUUAGCUUAGUUUUCACGUUUGCUUCACAUAAGGAUGUAGCGUUUAUUGACAGCAGAGCAGUGAUGAUAUUCACAGAGUGUUAUCAGGACACUUGCUCGGCGGUGGCGCUUGCAGCGAGGAGAGGAGACUACAGGCUGUUACAGAGACUCCUGAAGAACGGCCAGUCGGUGGAUGUGAAAGAUAACCGCGGCUGGUGCGCUUUACAUGAAGCUGCUGCUGGAGGACAUGCGCAGUGUGUGCGCCUGCUGCUCAGUGCUUCAGCUUCAGAUAACUGUGAAGAUUAUGUGAACUCACUGACUCACAACUCUGAAACAUCUCUGUAUUUUGCGGCGAUGAACGGCCACCUCCGUGCAGCACGGCACCUCAUAAGGGCUGGGGCAGAUCUCGACAAGAUGUCUAAUGAUCUCUCCAGCCCUCUCUUUGCAGCUGUCGAUAGCGGCCAUAAAGAAGUCGUGGAGCUUUUGGUUAGUGAAGGAGCAGAGGUUAACAGGAGAUACUACAUCUCAAGCUGGUCCUGUCUUCAUCAGGCUGUUUAUAAGGGCCACGCAGAGAUUGUAAGAUUUCUGGUAAACGUGUGCUCUCUCGAGAUUGUGGAUGACUAUGGGAUCACGCCGUUGUUCGUUGCUGCACAGUACGGACAUCAGCACUGUCUGGAAAUCCUUGCCAAUGCUGGUGCAAACGUGAAUUGCCAGGCAAAAGACAUGGCCACCCCACUGCUCAUUGCAUCACAGGAAGGCCAUUUGUCAUGCGUGGAGUUGCUUCUGGCCCACAACGCAGACCCAAACCUUUACUGUAAUGAAGAGAAGUGGCAGCUUCCCAUCCAUGCUGCAGCCCAGUUCAGUCGUAUCAGUAUUCUAGAGAAACUGAUCCCAGUAACGAACCGGGAGUGUGACCGGGGCUGGGGGCUGGUCAGUCCGGUUUAUUUGGCAGUGGUUAGUGGUCAAGCGGAAAGCCUCCUGCCUCUGCUCAGAGAGGGUUAUAGUCCAGAUGCUCAGAGCUGCAAGGAGUUCGGAUAUAGCUGCCCGCUGGACAUGGUUCUUGGGAGUAACUUUUGGAGUGCGGGAAGUGAUUUACACCAGAGUCGAGAGAUCACAAAGAUGCUGCUGGUUGCUGGAGCUCGCGUUAGUCUGGAUACAUACAUAAUGACACUGCAGGGUGACGUACCCGAACAUCUGCCGCUCAUCCUGGAAUAUUCUGGGCUGCCUAAGGGCAAACAGCUGGAGGCGCUAGUUCAGGCAACACUCAGUAAAGUGGCCCAUGCUUCAUUUUGGCUUCCACUGUUGCUCAAAGCAGGACUAGACCCUCUACUUCUCCUUGAGCAGAAAAUGCUAGAAGAGGCUGAAUCCACAGUACUUAAUUUCUUGCUGGAUUUUAUUAAUUGGAAGACUCUGCCCUCAACCUUGCUUCACAUCCUUUCUCAGCGCAGAGCACAGAACACUUGGACGCCCCAUAAGCAUUUUGAGAGUGUUCCUGAUCUGACUCAUUUGUGUCGACUCGCUGUAAGAGCUACAGUGGGCAGUCAUGCUUUGUCUAAAUCCUCCUUUGUUCGGCAGCUGCCUGUUCCCACACUCUUACAAGACUACCUCCAGUUCAGUGACGUCUCCAGUGCUUACACCUUCACAGCCUCAGCUGACCGAGAAUCGGUUAAUUAAGCGAGCCCGCACGUUUCGCUCGCAGUGUAUUUUGUAUAUAUGUUAAUAAAACCGUUCAACUACUGAAAA